AUGUCCAAAUCAACAUCAACUCUUUCAGUUUUUGAGACAACAAUUCGAAUGUUGGGAGGAAUGUUAUCACUUUAUGCAUUGACUAAAGAAGAAUUUUAUGUGUAAGUUUUUCUAAUUUUGAGAUGAAUCUAAUGAUGUUUUUUCAGGAAAAAGGCUAGAGAUAUUGGUGAAACUUUAUUGCCAGCAUUUGCUACGCCUUCUGGAAUUCCUAUGUCGAAUCUUGAUGUUUCUACUAAAAGAAUCAGUAAUUAUGGUUGGGCAAAUGGUGGUCAAUCAAUUCUCUCCGAAGUUGGAAGUUUACAUCUCGAAUUUUUAUAUUUGUCAAGAAUUUCGAAUUCUCCAAUUUUUGAGAAAAAAGUGAAAAAAGUUCGAAAUGUUUUGGACAAAGCUGAAAAGGAAGAUGGGCUAUAUUCAAAUUAUAUUGAUCCGAAAACUGGAAGAUUUACAGGAAGACAAAUGUAGGUUGAUUUGUUUUUCCCAUAAUUUCCAUAGAUACAAUUUUCAGGUCUUUGGGAGCGUUGGGUGAUUCAUUUUAUGAAUAUUUGAUCAAAAGUUAUGUGCAAACAAAUAAAACUGAUUUCCAAGCAAAGAAAAUGUAUUGGGAUGUAUCGGAAGCAAUUCAGAAACAGUGAGAUACAUUUUUUGGGGGAAAGAGGGGCCAGGCAAAUUUUGAAAGUUUCAAAAAAAAUUGGGAAAAAAACUAGCCAGAUUCAGAAGUUCUAAAGAUUUAGAGAUCUGCAGCUUCCGAAAAUAUUUAGGGACCUUUAUUGAGUUAGAGCCAAAGUUAUGCAAUCAAUUUUCAGCAUGAUCCGUGUAUCCAAAAAAUCGCAACUCACCUACACAGUCGAAUUAAAACAUGGUCAAGAAGAGCAUAAAAUGGGACAUUUGGCCUGUUUUGUUCCUGGAAUGUUUGCAUUACAAGCUGUCAAUGAGAAAAAUAAAGGAAGAAAGAGAGAAAAUUAUGAAUUUGGCAGAGGAAUUGGCAAAAACUUGUCAUGA